UUCUCAGACAUUCACGAAUGAGUGCCGAUAACCGGAAGUCAAAGCACUGAUAUACUGUGGCCAACCUACGCCUUUGAUCAGACUUUUUUGCGGCCAAUGCGUUGCCAUUUUGCCCAUUGCUAAGGUUCUGUGUAACGUGCAUGUACAAAGAGAAAUGCACUAUAGUUUGUUACAUGGAUCACGGAGGUACGACCAGAGUUCUUCGCUAUGCUGAAAGACUUCGUGCAGCACGAUAAAGCGAUUCGGUUUGCGGCGGCAUCCAUUGCUGUAGCGGCUGCCUAUAUUGCCAUAUCAAGGGCAAUGAGAAAUCCGUUUCCAGGCGUUCCCAAGACAAAUGCUAACCUUCUCGACAUGCCGCUGUAUGAUCGCAAGAAGCGGGAUGAAAAAGGUGAAAUGUUACCGCCGUUGGAACAGUUGAACGCUUUGGGGACUACUCUGAUUGUCGUCAAUGACCCUAAGCUGGCUACCAGCGUACUGGUGGAAGGUCAGAACAAGUACCUAUCGGGCCAUAAAGUCGGGCGUUCACCCGUCAUGGCAGAUUUCCACUCCAUGUUGAUCGGAGGUGAAAAUAUUGGCAACGCAAGAGGAGAGGGCUGGAGGUGGCGUCGUGACGUGCUUGUUCCUCAAUUUCAGCCGCGAAAGCUGGUUUCCCAGGUCCUGCCUUCAGUUAUCCAAAAAUCCAAGGACUUAAUUGAUCAUGUCAAGGCGCAUAAUGGAAAACCAGUUGAUAUUGAUAAAUACUUUGUGGAAUUAACGGGAAACGUUAUUUGCGAGUAUCUCUUUGGUGAAGUUCCUCAACCAGGGGAGGUCGUUUUUGAUAAUUUUCGAAGGACCGACGUGAUUUUUCUGUCAGUCAUGCUGCGGCCGAUCUUUCAAUUCUUUGGCUUGAAGGGACCCGGAGGGCGGGAAAUCAACAACAAUAGAAGAUAUGUUCAGCGCAUGAUGGAUAAAAUAAGAAAUGGAAACGGUCAGCGGCCGGAUGGAUCCCUUCCGUUGAUGGGGCAGCUCAUGGGACUCAAGGUUUAUCAGGGCAAACAAGGCGAAGAGCAUCUCAUCAACGACAUGCUGCUUAUGAUUUUUGCUGGCCAUGACACCACCGCUCAUUCUUUAACCUAUCUGGUCUAUGGUCUCACACAGGAGCUCAGCGUGCAAAAAAAAAUUCGAGAAGAGGUUACAGGACAAUUGCCAGACCUUGAUGCCGUCACGCCGUCCUCCCUUACAAAAUUGACCUACACUUCGGCAGCCAUCAAGGAAAAUAUGCGAAUUCAUCCACCUGUCACUGUUGCUAUGCAUGAAGCCUAUGACGAUGUAAUGAUUGACAAAACCUUGGUUCCCAAGGGCACUACCAUAGUCAUAUCUACUGCACGCAUCAAUCAACAUCCUGAAAUAUUCAAACAACCUAUGGCAUUUUUGCCGGAACGAUGGUUAGACGAGGAUGAAGAUAUGUUUAACGACCUCGACGCCAAUGGCAAAGACAAAGGUCUGAUGAACUCAACGUACUUGACAUUUUCCAAAGGCACCCAUCUGUGCCUGGGCAUGAAUCUUGCCUAUCUUGAGAUGCGCAUCGUAAUAGCCUAUCUUGUCACACACUUUGAUAUCACUUAUGAUGGACCUAUACCUAAGACAGUUGGCAUGAUCGUCGCUCCCGAAGAUGAAAUUCUAUUCAAUUUCCAGCCGAUCAAUGAAUGAAACUAUUAAUUCACAUACAGAGGACCACGAGCUUGCUUAGUCCAUACAUCCAACUUUUUUGCUUUAGUUUUUGCAGAUAUUGACUAUAUCUAGCACCAGUAAAUUCACAGAAUAAAGAAUAAAUGCUCGCUUCUAAGGAACAAUG